AUGCCCGUCUUCAACGGCCUGCUGAAGGUUCGGGUGUGUGAAGCGGUGGACCUGAAGCCCACCCCGUGGGCAUUGCGUCACGCCGUAGGGAAGAGCGGCUCCUUCCUGCUGGAUCCCUACCUGGCCCUAAAUCUGGACCAUACCCGAUUAGGCCAGACUGCCACCAGAACCAAAACCAACAGCCCGGCCUGGCACCAGGAGUUCUGCACCGAGGUUCGAGAGGGACGCAGCCUGGAGCUGUCGGUGUUCCACGAUGCUCCCAUUGGCUACGAUGACUUCGUGGCAAACUGCACCAUCCAGCUGGAGGACCUGCUGCAGAACGGUACCAGGCACUACGAAGACUGGAUCGACUUGGAGCCUGAGGGGAAGGUCUACGUGGUCAUUGAUCUGUCUGGAUCCACGACUGAGGCUUCUGGGACAAAUGAGAAUGAAGAGAGGGUGUUCCGUGAGAGAAUUGGUCCUCGUCGGCGGCAAGGAGCCGUUCGAAGACGUGUCCACCAAGUCAACGGACAUAAGUUCAUGGCCACCUACCUGAGACAGCCGACCUACUGCUCACAUUGCAGAGAUUUUAUAUGGGGUGUGCUGGGGAAGCAGGGAUAUCAGUGUCAGGUGUGUACCUGCGUCGUCCACAAGCGCUGCCAUGAGCUCAUCAUCACCAAGUGCGCUGGGAUGAAGAAGCAGGACGACACAGCUGAGGAGGUGGGUUCACAGCGUUUCAGUGUUAACAUGCCCCACAAGUUCAGUAUCCACAACUACAAGGUGCCUACCUUCUGUGACCACUGUGGUUCUCUGCUGUGGGGCCUCAUGAGGCAGGGCCUUCAGUGUAAAGUUUGUAAGAUGAAUGUGCACAGGCGCUGUGAGACUACUGUAGCUCCUAAUUGUGGGGUGGACGCCAGAGGAAUCGCAAAGGUGCUCUCUGACCUGGGAGUCACACCUGACAAAAUCUCCAACACAGCACAGCGCAGGAGGAAGUUGACUCCAGGGCAGGACCCUCCUCAGUCUCCUCCUGAGCUCUCUCAGACGGAGGAGAACAGCUUCAGCCAGCCAGUUGUCCCCACCUCCCCCUCACAGCAGGACUUGGCAGGCCUGGACCGCCUGCAGGACGCCCUGUCGCUCGACCAGCAGGGACCCCAAAACUCAUCUUCCUCCUCCUCCACCAACUCCUCGUCCUCCUCCUCGGCAGCCAGGGAGAAUGGACAGAGCCAGAGGAGGACCCUGAAGGACUUUAAUUUUAUCAAGGUCCUUGGCAAAGGCAGCUUUGGCAAGGUGAUGUUAGCGGAGCAGAAGGGGACAGACGAGGUUUACGCGGUCAAAGUUUUAAAGAAAGACGUAAUUCUUCAAGACGACGAUGUUGACUGCACCAUGACGGAAAAGCGCAUCCUGGCCCUCGCCCGCCGCCACCCCUACCUCACCCAGCUCUACUGCUGCUUCCAGACACGGGACCGUUUGUUCUUUGUGAUGGAGUAUGUGAACGGAGGAGACUUGAUGUUCCAGAUUCAGAGAUCCAGGAAGUUCGAUGAGCCUCGCUCGCGUUUCUACGCUGCCGAAGUCACGUCGGCCUUAAUGUUUCUGCAUCGAAAUGGGGUCAUCUACAGAGACCUGAAGUUGGAUAACAUCCUCUUGGAUGCAGAGGGACACUGCAAGCUGGCAGACUUCGGUAUGUGCAAGGAGGGCAUCAACAACGGGGUGACCACCACCACAUUCUGCGGCACACCUGACUACAUUGCUCCUGAGAUCCUGCAGGAACUCGAGUACGGAGCCUCUGUGGACUGGUGGGCCUUGGGGGUGCUGAUGUAUGAGAUGAUGGCCGGGCAGCCGCCAUUCGAGGCUGAUAAUGAAGACGACUUGUUUGAGUCGAUUCUCCAUGAUGAUGUACUCUAUCCUGUGUGGCUCAGCAAGGAGGCGGUGUCCAUUCUUCGAGCCUUCAUGACGAAGAACCCAGCCAAGCGUCUGGGCUGCGUGGUGAGCCAAGGCUGCGAGGAGGCUAUCAAGACCCACCCCUUCUUCAGGGAGAUCGACUGGGUCCUCCUGGAGCAGAGAAAAGUGAAACCUCCGUUUAAACCCCGAAUUAAAACCAAGCGAGAUGUGAAUAACUUCGACCAGGACUUCACCAAGGAGGACCCGGUGCUGACGCCUACAGACGAGGCCAUCAUCCGACAGAUCAACCAGGAGGAGUUCAAGGACUUCUCCUACUGUGCCCCCGAGGAGACGCAGACCUAAAACUCACACAAACACACACCCACCCACCCUCCUAUCAGAUAAGGCUAACACCCGGCAUGCUUACACUCAGCAGAACCAGAACACAAGCCUCUCUGCGUCAAUCUUUUAUUUUAUUUUUUCCGUUUUAAAGCUCUUGGUUGUUGUUACUUUUGGAGCAUUAUUUACUUGCAUUGUGUCGUUCUUGUUGCCUGGGUUUUUAUUAAUGAAUAUGACUAUGAAAAUAAAUAUGAACACGCACACCGCUCUCACACACGCAUACACAUUCUCACUUUGUCACUGUUUAGACAGAUGGAUACGCUUACACUGCUUCUCUAACCAGCACCGACUCACACACGCACAAACACACCCCCACACACAGACACACACUCGGAGCGGCGGUGUAAAGGCUUGUACAUAGCCUGUGUCGAGUGGCUGUAUCGUGUCGGUAUCGUCUGCUAGUAAAAGGGGCGUUGUUGCGCAUGGACAAGCACCCUUCCUGUGUUAUUACUGUCCUUAUCGUGGACCAUUUAGGGCCAAACACCCUUUUGUGCAAUACCAUGACUAUCUAUGUAUUUUAUUGUUUGUUUAGUUUUUCUUUAAAAAUGUAUUUUUCUGUUGGAUUAUUGGGUGAAAUUGCUUUGACUAUCACACUUUUUUGACUAUCAUGUCCUCCCCUCCUUUGUACAGCGCCUUGCAAAAGAUAUCAUACAUCUUGAGCUUUAUCAGUGUUUUUUUUUAGGUAAAAACAAAACAAAAUUUCAAUCUUAAUUGUUGAGAUCUUUUGUGUGAUAAACCAACAUAAAAACAGGUGCACAAAUGGGAGGUGGAGCGUAACGAAAUGCUUUUCUACCUGUUCAUUUGUGCACAAUUCUCCGCGCUUACAGCUGCAGGUAGAUUAAGUUAUGUUUGUGCACAGAGAGGCUGACGAUUCUGCUCAAGGGGAAUACGCCUGCUGUACAUUUAGGGUUGUCUUGCUGCUGGAAGGAGAAACCUCACACCUGUGUAAAGUUUUCACACCUUUAAACGGGUUUUAUUGUAGGAUUACUCUUCAUUUAGCUCAAUCAUAAUGCAUUCAUCACCACGUUUUACUGUGGGAACAAUGCGUCCAGGGUGAUAUGGAGUAUUAGAUUUGAUCUGAUCUGAUCAGAGGAGGUUAUUUUUUUGCCAUGCUUCUAAAUGUAAGAAACCCCACAGCAUGAUGCUGCCCUCACCAUGUUUUAGGGACAUUUCGGUCAUAUUCAGUCAGUCUGAAUUAUUUGUGUCUAAUGAAUACAGUGAAAACAGAUAUGUGUUGAAAACAUUUGGCUGUUCUACAUUUUAUUGAGGGUAACUAGAUUAAAGGGGUUGAAUCAUACAAAUGUAAGCUACACUUUUCAGAUUUCGUAAUUUCGUUCUGCUUAGCAGUGAUUCUGCUUUGUGUUGCUCCAUCACACAGAGACAGGAUGCAGGAACAUGGAAGGUGGCAUUGCCUGCUUUUCCAAGGCGCUGUAUGUACAGUGAAUGUUACAGGCUAUUGAACUAAUUAUGUGGAGCAGAGUGUUACAGUUGGCCUGUGUAGCAGUGAAAAGACUCUGGCGUCCAGCUUUUUCACCCGUCUGUUUAGUUUCAGAGUCCUGCCAGCCGGUGUGAAUGUGUUGGCUCAUUUCUCUCUCUCUCUCUUUUUUUUUUUAUCCAAGUAUUGUGAAUGUACAUCUUUUGUGCGCAUGAAUGCGUGAACUUUUAAUAUCCUCCAAGUCGUUAUUGUUUGCUGCAUUUCUGUAUCUAUAGCAACCAAUGUUUCGCCAAUCUUCCUCUUUUCCUUGCUCCUCUGUCCCUCUCAGCCAAAAAAAAAACUGCUCUCACUCUUGCUUUAUUUUUGUCAUAAUAGCUUUUCUUUCUUAUUGCUCUCUUUUUUAUUGUUAUAUUAAUUAUUAUUAUUAUUGUAAAGUGUAUCUGGAGGAUAAAAACCUUUAUGUGUACUACUAUAACUAUAACAAUAUAGGUCUGUUACAGCCGGUUUUUAGGAAACUUGGUGAACCAGCGGCUGAUAUACCUCUCACUUCAAACACACGGCUCUCACCUACUCUCCUCUUUGCUCCCUCUUCCUGCCCCCCUUCGCUGUCUCUCUCUUUCUCUGAACCACACUUGCACACACAAAGAGGGACGGUUUGUCGCGUUUCUUGUACAGUGAGCUAAAGACGGGCCGGUUUGCUUAUCUGUGCAGUAGAGUCAGUGUGUAGUGACGCUUCGUGCACCCAGGGGUACGGCUGUUCCUGGUCACUCUUUAUAUUUUACUCUGUGCCAAAAAUGUAGUGCAACAGCCGGGCUAGUCCCCCGUCUGGUCUGAUUCCAAUAAACACUGAGCUGUCUACAUCCA